CUGCUGUUUGAAUCAUCGACUCUGAUCCUCCUCCUCUCAGACAGCAGCAGGAGGUGGAUGAGGUGGAUGAGAUGCUGCUCUUCAGUCUCAGAUUCAACACUGAAGAAGAAACCAAAAGAAGAAACCGGGUCCACUGCUGCCACUGAUUCUGAUGUUAGAACCAAGCAUCCACUGCAGGUGUCGAUGCAGGAUGUAACGGUCCUGUUUCCACCAUGUGAGGAUGAUCUUCAUGUGCAGAGGCUGAAAUCUGGCACUAACAAAGAUGCGUGGAAGCAGCUGAGGUUUUCAUGAGGAGGAAAACAGAAAACAGCUUCUCACUGAGUUGGAAGAUGGAGUCUGGAAGCGGUUUUCGUGGACAGGUGUGUCACAGUAUGAGGUUUUUAACAAAGACCAAGUGAGGUUUGGAAGCAACAGCUCAUGUUUACAACCACAAGAAAUAAAGUGUGGAACUGGGGCGUGGUGUCGUUAUAAAGGGUAACCUCUUGGAGUUUUUGACAGAGUCUGGAUGUUUGAAAACAGCUUCAGCUUUUUACCAGACUGACAAUUACAUGUAGCAGGUUUAAUAAGAAAUGAAGUCUGGAAAAAGGUAGUCUCUGUUUUUAAGACAAAAUUGCGUUUGUCUUCUGAGUUUUUAAUGAACGAAAAAGCAAGUCUGCAAGCAGUCUUUGAUUUUAACAUGAAGUUUGGGAGUAGUCUUUGUAUCCUGAACGUUGGCGGCCGCAGGUUUUCCUUCUCAGCGGAGCUGAUGAAGCGCCUUCCUCUCAGCAGACUCAGUCGGCUGCAUCGCUGUGUGUCAGAGAGCGAGCUGCUGGAGCUCUGCGAUGACUACGACCGUGACAGGAACGAGUUUUUCUUUGAUCGGCACUCAGAGGCUUUCAGUUUCAUCAUGCUGUACGUGCAGCACGGGAAGCUGCGCUUCCUGCCGCACAUGUGUGAGCUGUCCUUCUACAAUGAGAUGCUAUACUGGGGCUUGGAGAGCUCCGACCUGCAGCCCUGUUGCCAGCGACGCCUAGAUGACCGCAUGUCCGACUGCUUCGUCCACUUCUUCCCUGAGGAGGAGGAGACACGGGGUCCUGAGAAGACCCCGAGACGCUGGGUGGAGAGAAUGAGGAGAACAUUUGAGGAGCCCACAUCCUCGUUGAUGGCACAGAUCCUUGCCUCAGUGUCAGUGCUGUUUGUGCUCAUCUCGAUGGUGAUGUUGUGCGCCAGCACCUUACCGGACUGGAAGGCUGCCGAAACCCUGGACCAGCACAGGAUCAUCGAGGCGGUGUGUAUUGGUUGGUUCACCGCUGAGUGUAUCGUCCGUUUUCUGGUCUCUCGUGACAAAUGUGAGUUUGUCUGUCAUCCUCUGAACAUCAUUGACCUGUUGGCCAUCACGCCGUAUUACAUCUCUGUUACCAUGACAACACUGACGGGGGAGAACUCUCAGCUGCAGCGAGCUGGUGUCACAUUGCGUGUCCUGCGCAUGAUGCGGAUCUUCUGGGUGAUCAAGCUGGCACGUCACUUUCUGGGCCUGCAGACACUUGGCCUGACGCUGCGGCGCUGCUAUCGUGAGAUGGUGAUGCUGCUUGUCUUUGUUUGUGUCGCCAUGGCAAUCUUCAGUGCGCUGGCCCAGUUGCUGGAGCAUGGCUUGGACCUGGAGUCCGGAAACCAGGACUAUGCCAGCAUCCCAGCCGCCUGCUGGUGGGUCAUCAUUUCCAUGACGACGGUGGGAUAUGGUGACAUGUACCCAGUGACAGUGGCAGGCCGUGUACUGGGCGGGCUCUGUGUUGUGAGCGGCAUUGUGCUGCUGGCGCUCCCCAUAACCUUCAUCUACCACAGCUUUGUCCAGUGCUACCAUGAACUCAAGGUGCGCUCUGCCCGCUGCAGCCACAGCCUGUCUGCCGACUUUAUCAACUGACCCUGACCC